CAGGCUGCCUUACAAUAAUGGGAACCAACGCUCGCUGAGCUCGGGGGCAAUAAUAUCCAAUUCAGCAUCAGGAAAAACACAGGGCUCCACCUUUUUUUUAUUCUAUCUGCUGCUCUGGUGUGGUCAGGUUGCUCUGUAGUCUACCUUCAUGUGGAGAAAGAGACUGCUUGUGGGCUCUGUCACUCCCCUGUCCUCAUCCUCCAUCCUCUCUGGAACAGGUUGAUCAUUUUACUGCCUCAGUUUAUUUUGCACUGAAGAGCUGCUUUUUGGAAUCUCACUCCUCCAUGUACGAUAACUUGUACCUGCAUGGAUUUGAAGACUCGGAGGCGGGCUCAGCUGAUUCCUACACAAGCCGACCAUCUGACUCGGAUGUGUCCCUGGAGGAGGAGAAGGAGGGCGGCCGGCAGGAGAGGGAGCAGCAGGCCACUGUCCAGCUUGAGAGGGCAAAGACUAAAGCAGUAGCAUUUGCUGUGAGGACCAAUGUCAGCUACUGUGGUGCUCUGGAUGAGGAUGUUCCUGUGGCCGGCACCGCCGUCUCCUUUGAUGCCAAGGACUUCCUCCAUAUCAAAGAGAAAUACAAUAAUGACUGGUGGAUCGGCCGUCUGGUGAAAGAAGGCUGUGACAUUGGCUUCAUCCCGAGCCCUCUGAAACUGGAGAACAUCCGACUCCAGCAGGAGCAGAAGAGAGGACGCUUCCAUGGCAGUAAGUCCAGUGGGAAUUCCUCCUCAAGUCUUGGAGAAAUGGUGUCCGGCACAUUCAAGCCAAACCCCAACUCUGCAGGAAAGCAGAAACAGAAAGUGGCUGAGCACAUCCCUCCGUAUGAUGUGGUUCCCUCAAUGAGGCCGGUUGUCCUGGUGGGACCGUCCUUGAAAGGUUACGAGGUGACAGAUAUGAUGCAGAAGGCGUUGUUUGACUUCCUGAAGCACAGGUUUGACGGGAGGAUAUCCAUCACAAGGGUAACAGCUGACAUAUCGUUGGCCAAGAGGUCAGUACUAAACAACCCCAGUAAGAGGGCCAUCAUUGAGAGAUCCAACACCCGCUCCAGCCUGGCGGAGGUCCAGAGUGAAAUAGAAAGGAUCUUUGAGCUGGCCAGGUCUCUACAGCUGGUAGUGCUGGAUGCAGACACCAUUAACCAUCCAGCUCAGCUUAUCAAGACCUCAUUAGCACCCAUUAUCGUCCACGUUAAAGUGUCCUCACCUAAGGUCCUCCAGCGUCUGAUCAAAUCAAGAGGAAAAUCUCAAAGCAAACACUUGAAUGUGCAGCUUGUUGCAGCGGAAAAACUAGCACAGUGUCCUUCUGAGAUGUUUGAUAUUAUUCUGGAUGAGAACCAGCUGGAGGAUGCGUGUGAACACCUGGCAGAGUACCUGGAGGCAUACUGGCGUGCGACACACACUUCACUUAGCACGCCACUCAACCCCCUGCUGGGCCGCAAUCUGGGAUCAACUGCUCUCUCCCCGUACCCUGCUGCCAUUCAGGCCCAAAGAAACCGCAACAGCAACCACACUACAACAGACCUUUCACCCGUUGAACGUCGCAGCCUGAUGCCUGCCGAUGAGAACUACCAUAACGAACGGGCGCGGAAAAAUCGCAACCGCCUGUCCUCGGGCUCGCAACACAGCCGGGACCACUCGCCUCUGGUGGAGGAGGACUACCAGGACCCCUACCAGGAUUCUUACAAGCCUCACCGUAACCGAGGAUCCCCGGGAGGUUACAGCCAGGACUCCAGGCACCGGCACUGAGCUGUGUGGCCUGCAGGCUUGUCUAUCUCUAAUCAGCCUCUACAUGGACAUAAGGCAGCUCUUGCUGUAUUGUGAUGAAACUACUACACUCAUUUGGACUGUAACAACCUUGUGUCAAUGUGUAGUACCUCAUUUCCCCUCUUGGCCUUGACUCCUGCCAAAUGAGCAUUUGAACCUAAAAAAUUAAGAAUCCUGUUCUUGCUUUGAUGUGAACAAGGGAAGGAAUUGAAAGUAGCACAAGAGCUGAAAAGUUAUGUUUUAAAGGGAAAGAAUAAGCGAAGUUGGACCUGAUGUGAGAAUGCCCCAGGUCUGGUUUUGUACACUAGUAGGUGACAUCUGGGCCUUCCCCGCCAUCUCAGCUGUUACUGUAGCAAUUACAGGUUGCUACCUGCCUCAAGCCAGUGCCACACAGCACCAGCGGUGAUGAUCAGCACAGAAACUGUUUGCACGCGUCCAGGAGCAAGUAGAAGAAGAGUAUAAUGCAUCUUUAAUGCUCCUCAAGAUUGUUUGCCACUGUCUGCGAUGUGAGUGUAAUAAAUCCUGUGGAAGCCUGUUCCCCAAAUCCAGAGUUUUACACAUUUGUUUUUUGAAGUGACAUGGAUGUCGUUGUGGUGUUCUCUUCUGGGUUCAUACAGUAGCUUCCUGUGCCCUCUCUUUGUUAUUUAUUAAUGCCAUUUUUGUCAUUAACCAUAUCAAGACAGAAAUAAAAAAAAUAUAUAUAUAUAUAUCAUGACACUAAAACAUUUCAGAGCUCCAAACCUCAGGAAUGAGAGGUCAUUUAGACCUUGAAGUGUGCUGACAGAUGUAGCGUUUAUUACCCAUCAGAUCGGGAUUUGAUUCUGAGAGUUUUCUUUAAGUGUAAAAAGAUUUUAUGAUUUAGAAAGUUAUUGGUAUAAAGGAAGGAACACUUCGAGGAAUAGGAGUCACUAGAAUGGUCAUGCCAGCAUGUUUUUCAUAUGCCAUGCAUUUAUCAGAUGCUGUUGUCCGUCAUGUGAUUGGCAGGCCAUCAUUUGGAAUAGAUUUAGAUGGAUGGAUUUUAGUGAGAGACUUAUAUUGAGAGCUUCCAUAUGUAAAUACAGUCAAGAUAACUGACAGAAACCUAAAUUUAUUCUCAUUCAUUUCAUCUUUCAAAAUCUGGCAUACACCUUCCAACAUUUGAUGAAAAAAAGAGUAUGUUUCCUCCAUCAUACUUUAAUUUUAAAGUUGUUUUUUUUUUUUUUUUUUUGAAUAAAGUAACAUUAGCACAUUUUCAUUGAGUAGCAAAUCAACAUACCCUUGUGUCCAUGUAUUUGGCUAUGGCUUUUUAUUGCAUUGAAUUUGAGUUUCUUUAAAGAUUCCUAUGAAUGAGAAACUAUCUGAAAGCACUUGGGAAUGACUCAAUUGUCUCAAUUGUCUUUUACAAGCUACUUUCCCUGAAUUUUUAAAAAUCAGAUUAAUUCACUUGUAUGUGGCCAGCUAAUACAGGAUUAAUAUACUAUGACUUUGAACAACAUAUCCUUGUAUCUUGUAAUUUAAUCUUUGUUGAGAAUCUCAAAUUCAGUUUAGUUUUUCAAUUGGUAGGCCAGAGAUCUCAUUAUGCUUCAGAGAAUCUGGAAGGAAGAUGGACAAAGGAGACUUCUGCUCUUAUCUGCCAUAUACAGUAGCUUUUAUUGUUGUUUCAAAACCCUGAAGCAAUGAUUUAAAAGACUUGAAUACUGCCUGUGAAAGAAUGAUGCAUUGAUUAGAAAUUUGUGUGCACUGUCAUUUUACAAUUGUAAUUAAAUAAACUGCCCUAAUGCUGUUGUA